AUGGGUCAAUCCAAUAGCGCGAAACAAGCCGAGUUAAAGAGCAAUAAUACUCCUAUUUAUGAAGAGAAUGCACCAGAGUCUACAAAUAUCGAGGAUCUUAUUAAGUGCGGACGGUAUAAAGUUGCAAAAAAAGAGACCCUUGAUAUGAUGGCAGCUAUUCAAGGUCCGAAGGAUGAGAAUAAAAUGUAUCCUGAUUCCGAAGUUAGGGAUCUUAAGCAAUACAUCAUAGAACAAGAGGGACUUAGUGUUGGCCAGAUGAAAAGAAAAGCGCUUUCACAACAGUGGCGUUUCUUUUUGUCUUCUGAGCCUGUGCAACGUGGUUUAGAUGCAGGUAUUAUUGCUGGUAGCUUUUCAGCUGCUUUAUUUGCCCUUAAAAGUCCCAGAAAUCGCGUUCCUAUCAAAAUAGGACUGGUUUUUACACUUGGUUUUUGUGUGGGUCUAAUAGCUGUACCAAUCCUGGUCAUCACAGCCGAGAGUUAUAACUCACGACGCAUCAAGGCCCUGGAAAGGGAAUUGUUUUCGAAACAGCGUGAAGAAUUUUAUAACAAGAGCAAGGAUGAUUUAUAA